GGAACUAACUCAGCAAACUUGCUCUGCACAUUCUGGAGAACUUGGUGGGUGCUUUGGAUGUUCUGGGGAACUCAUUCUGCUCUGCUAUAACCACAGCCUCUUAAAGUUUCACAAAUAAACAGAGGAUAAACUCCGGAGAAUUUUUAAGCUGGUGAGAGCCCUUGCAGUUUUAAUAUCUCCAGGACUGUGACAUGUGUUGACUGCAGAACUAACUACAAUGACCCUGGAAACAGCCUGAGAUUUCUUAUAAAUCACAAAGGAAAAUAAAUACCUUCAUCCAUGGAGGGAAAAAGACAUCUCGAGAAAAGGGACUUUGGAAAAAGGUUGUCUCUAGACAGCAGUCUUGUGGAAUAUAUGGAUUCAAAUAAAUAUAUUGAGCAUUUGCUGACACAACUAGAGGAACAGCAUCGGAAUCUCUGGAGGGAGAAGCUGGCUGUGGCUCGCCUGCAGCGGGAAGUUGCCCGAAGUAGAAGGGAAGGAGCAAUGCAUGAGAAGCUGAUACAUGAAUUGGAGGAAGAGAGAAACUUAAGAAUUCAAAGUGAAAAACGGUUACGGGAGGUGACAUUGGAGUCUGAGCGAAGCAGAGUUCAAAUGCGUGGCCUGCAACAGCAGUUUUCAAGGAUGGAAGAAACAGUAAGGAACCUAGUGCAGCGUCAAGGGCCUCCAGAGGGGAAGAAAGAAGAGACAGUGAAUAUAAUAGUCUAUCAGGAAAAACUGUCAGAGGAAGAAAGGAAGCACAAAGAAAAUUUGGAAGAUCUACACAUGGUGGUAGAUGAGGACUCAAGGAGUGAAAGCAGCAGUACAGAUGAGGGGAAAGAGAAGACCAAGUUUCUGUUAGAACGAUUGAAAGCUCUAGAGGCAGAGAAUUCAGCACUAGCUUUGGAAAAUGAAAAUCAGAGGGAACAGUAUGAAAGAUGUCUGGAUGAGGUGGCCAACCAGGUUGUUCAAGCUCUUCUCACUCAAAAGGACCUGAGGGAGGAGUGUGUAAAGUUGAAAACAAGAGUAUUUGAUUUGGAACAACAGAAUCGGACAUUAAGUGUGCUAUUUCAACAGAGAGUCAAACCAGCUUCAGAUCUACUCCUUCAGAAACUUCACUCACGCAUCUUGGACCUUUCAUCAGGGGAUUUGCUUUCAGAGGUAGAAAGAAACCAAAGUUUGAUGCGAUCACGAACAGAUGUUGACAUUCACGAAUGCCAGCUAAAUGCAAAAUCUGGAGUCCCUGUCCCAAAGUGCCCUGCCUUGAACAUGACUAGCUCUGGACGGCUGUGUCCCCGAAACAGCUGCAGCAGUAGUGAACUCUCUUUGUCUAGCACAUGUAGUGAAUACUCCAGCGGCUCCUCCUAUACUUGGAAUGAUGGGAAGACUCUCAGUAAAAGGUCAUCAAUUAACUGGGACAAAAGGAUUAGCAUUGCCUCAUCCCUCCCAAGUGACUUCGCUAGUCCUGCAGAUGAGCUACCUCCAACACGUAUUAAAGAAAGUCACAUUUUAGAGGGGCUAAGGAAGCUGCAGAAACGAAAAGUAUUGCUUGAACCACCUUCUGUAAUAACCAAAUGGGGUUAUAAAGAUUGUAUGAACUCAAAUGAAGGAAUCUAUUCCCCAGGGAUUAAAUGUGGCAGCCAUAAGGAGCAUCCUCAUUGUAUACCAACAGAAGCAGGAAACACAUGCAAAGAGCACACACAGGCGUUCACUUAUGACUCUGAUUCCCAUGAUGAUGCUGAUGAUGAAGCUUCCUCUUUAGCCUUGCUUCCUGAAAUCCCAAGCAAAGACCACAGGCUGCACUAUAACAAGUUAACUCACAGUGUUUCUGACAGUCUAUUUGGUUGGGAGUCUAGUGGGAAAAACUUUUCAGAAAACACUUCCUCUGCUAAUUUUAAGGAAAAACCUGAAAAAUUGACCAAUUUUGAUAGCAACUGCCUAUCAGAGGGAGAGCUAUGCCCAAACAUGCAGUUUCAACAAGGAAAAGACCUGCCUGCUCUAGGCCAUAUGGACCUUAAUCUACAGCUUUCUGAUACUGAUGAUUAUGAAACCCUUGAUGAAUUACAUAUAGAAAGCAGUGAUGAGAAAAAUCCUUCUGACUUGUUGGUAACUCCUGGUACUCAGACCUUUGACAUCCUGAUAGGGCACGGAAAAUCUCAACUUGUGUGUUCCAGUAAAGAGGAAAAACGAACGUCCAUUCCCUCAGAUAGCAGGCCAAAGACAUUUAGUUUCAUUAAACAGCAGAGGGUCAUCAAAAAGACUUCCUCUGAAGAAUGUAUUACUGUAAUAUUUGAUGCUGAGGAUGGGGAGCCUAUUGAAUUCAGCUCACAUCAGACUGGAGUUGUCACUGUUACUAGAAAUGAAAUUUCAAUCAACCAAGCUCCAACUGGGCCCAAUGCAGAAUACACUGAACUCUUACCUCAGGGAAUCACUAAUUUGCAGCUAGGAAUGAAUGCAAGAGACUAUACCAUUUUAAAGGCACCUGAUGAUGAAAGAGAGAAAAAAACUCACAAAGAGAUCAUUGGGACUGGAAAUGCAGGUGUUCUUGCGAUGCCCACAGAGUCUUUAAGCCCUGGAAGAUCAAUACUAGAAAAUACUCAGCGACAAAAGGAAGCCAAAUCUACACAUAACAUAACAUACCGAAGCAAUUCUGUGUCUUCCGUGUCCAUGGGUACGAGCCACAAACAAAAUCUGACUAAAAUACCGAGCAGGGGGAAAUCUUUGCCUCAGAAAUCAAAGGUAAUAGAUCCUGAUGACACAUCUGUAGUCUCACCUCCUGGCUCCAUGGCCCUAGAAAAAUCACCAGCCUUACCUCCUGUAAAACUCUCUAGGUUCCAAAAAGCCCAGAGCCCAGUACAUCAUUUGCAUCUACAACCUGACUCCCAUAUCCCCAAACAGCCAAAGCUGCUUCCUCAUAGCUUAAAAAAUCCUGUCAAGAGUGACUGGGUUAAGGGCUCUAAGAGUUCUCUAUUAUUGCCAAGACCUCUCAUCGAGCCCACUGACUAUGGGGAGCCUCCAACCAAGGAUAAACACUGUAACUUGGGACCAGAAGAAGUGGUCAAAUCACCUUCUCCCCCUCCCCCUCCAGGCAGGUCAGCUUCACUGCUGAUCAGGCCUAAUUAUGAACAUUCACCACCUUUAUCCAGCAAGCCAGGAACCAGUGUCCCUAGUGAAAUGGCAAAGACCACACUAAAGUCUUCCCCACUGAAAGCAUCUCCAAGUGCUGCCAUUUCUUCUAGUCAGGCUAUGCCUGAAGUCCUGGGGAAAAAAUCAAUCAUGGCACUCAAAAAGCCUGACUUCUCUCACCCCUCAUCUAAUGAAGAAAAAAUAGUCCAAAGUAGAUGUACAAGUCAACUGUCUUCUGGUACAUUUGCUAUGAUUGGUCCAGGCCCUCCGAAAGUUUCUCCUAAAAGAGGUUCUACAAAAGUCUCCAGUCACCAAGCUUCUGGAAAUAUUCAAGGUCUUUCUGACACAGGCUUACAGACUACCAAGAAUAUUCCCUUAGGCUGUGGACCACUAGAAAUGCCUUCCUCAAAAAGCUCAUCUCCGGGAAAGAGAGGACAGUACACUGACUGUCUUUCCAAAUCACCGAAGUCUCACCCCAUUAGUGGGAAUGAAUCAGUGUCCUCUCAGGUUAAUAGUCCCUCAUCAUCCCCAUCCUCUAAAAGUCAUGAGAUCACAAACAACAUCCAAGGUUCUCGUGACAAAGGACUGAAGACCCGUCUCCCUGUGGGCCUCAAAGUACUUGUAAAAUCCCCCCAACUGCUCAGGAAGAGUUCCACUGUUCCAGGAAAACAGGAAAAGGAGAGCAUAAAUGCGGCUUCCAAAAGCUGUGCCAUAGCAAUCAAGUCCAAGCCCGAAAAAUCCUUGGAUCUAACAAGAAUUGUCACCACAAGUGGUGAACUAAAUGUGUCAAUGGUGGAUUUAGAUGUGAAAAGCAGUUUUGCUUCAGGAUUUGCCACAGAGAGCACCCUUCCACAGUCACCUGAGAACUGCCACAUAGAGGCUAACAGGGGAGAUGUAUUAGAAAACAGAUUUAUGAAGAGGUCCACCUCUUCCAGCAAGCCACACUUAAAACCAGCUCUAGGAAUGAAUGGGGCUAAAGCUCGUAGUCAAAGUUUCAGUGUUCAUUCUGGAGAAAAGCCUUCCACUGCUGCCUCUGAAGGGCUUGGUAAAGUACGGACUCAAAUCAUUACCAAUACCACUGACAGAGGCAAUUCUCUCACACGCCAGAACUCUGCUACCGAUGGAUUCACAAACAAGACAGCUUCAGGGUCGAUCACAGAGAACCUUUCAAUAUCUGGUAAGCCAUUGGAAGAUUCCUAUUCUCGGCAAGAAUCUCAUGGAAGUACAAACAGCUCCAGCAGCCAUCAUGGCAGUCCAAGCAAAUUGCCUUUCAAGGUUUCUCCCAAAACAGAAGAGAUUCACAAUGUAUCCAGGGUUGAAACCCACAGGUCCCCCUCUCAGGGAGACUGCCCAACCAUACCUAUGCCUGAAGAACAAGGCAAUGGCCCUUACAGAUGCCUUCCAUCCCCAUCAUCACCCAGUCAUCUGUUAGACCAGGCAAAUUCCCUUCAAAGUCCAAGAAGGAUUCAAUGCCUAGGUCAUCUUGAAGUAAGCAGUACAUGCAAGCAAGAAAUCCCUGGGAAGUCAUCAGACACCUCUGAAAUGGGGGAUUUAAGCCAAGACGCCCCCGUCCCACCUACAAUAGAAGAAAAAGUCAUGCUCUGCAUUCAGGAAAACGUGGAAAAGGGCCAAGUGCAAACUAAGUCUCCCACUAUGGAGGCCAAACAAAAGAUGGGGCCCUCCAUUGCCAGCUGGUUUGGUUUUCGAAGGAGUAAACUCCCAGCUCUGAGUGGCAGAAAAAUGGACAUCUCCAAAAUCAAAGUGGAAAAGAAAGAUGCAAAGAGUUUGGGAUUUGGAAACAAACAGCAAAAAGUAGAGAAAAAGAAAGACAAAAGGAAACCUGAACUGCAAUGUGAGACACAAAAUGAAUUCAACAGGAGAACAGAAAUAGGAGAUGUUCCAGACAGUGUCUUAAAAAGCAAAAGGAAUAUGAGAACUCCACAAGACAUUCAUGUCCAAAUGAAGUUUGAACAGAAGAAUAGACUCAGUCCUGUCACGUGUUCGACAAAAGAUACCUUUAUGAAAGAACUUUUAAACAGAGUUGAUAAGAAAGCAGCACAGCAGACUGAAAGUGGAUCAAAUAAUGUUUCCUACCGGAGUGUGUCUAAGGGCAACUCUCAAGGCUCCACUCCUCCCGGCAACUCUAUCAGCACUCAAGGAAACCACAAAAAAAACAGCAAAACCAAAGUUGAUCUGGAAACACCAAAUGAAACCCUGCUAAAAGAGGCCACUGGGAGCCUUCAAGAGGAUGAAGAGGGCACCAUUAUGAAGAGUGGAGGACACUGUCCAUUUCAAAACCACAUAAUAGUGUUCUUUUUCAUUUUCCAAUGGGUCCUCCCAAGAUUCAUUAUAGGCUGUGGUAUCAGCGAUGGAUGAGUCCCUCCACUGGCCUACUG